UUUCUACACAUCCAAAAGUCAGCUCCUGUGUAACAGCUUCACUCCACGGAUCAAGCUGGCAGGGAGGAAACCACUGACUGAGAAGGCAAAGAAUAACCGAGAUGCCUCAUUAGGGGCUCCAAAAGAUGCUGAGAAUGCCCUGCCUAUCCAGGUAGAUUAUGAUGGCUAUGAUGCCCAGGUGUUCAGACUGCCAGGCCCAUCCAGAGCCCAGCGCUGUACCACUUUCAGGUCCGUGAGGGAGAGAGAAAGUCGUACCAGAAAGAGCUCUAGUUCCUAUGACGUCUCAUGCAGCCCUUCUCUGCAGAGCCGCACGCUGCCCCCAGAGGAGGUGAGGAGCCAGGCUUCUGAUGACAGCUCACUGGGCAAAAUCUCCAACAUCCUGAUGAUCCCACGGCCUCAUCUGCACCAGUGUGAAGUCAGCAGCUCUUUGGGCUAUACCAGCACCAGAGAUGUCCUGGAGCACAUGCUGGAGUCUCAGCAACGUGACUCCAGUGCCCCUGGGAGGUUUCAUGUUGGCAGUGCAGAAUCCAUGCUGCAUAUUCGGCCUGGGGGGUAUACACCCCAGCGAGCACUGAUAAACCCGUUUGCCCCAUCCCGCAUGCCCAUGAAACUUACAUCUAACAGGAGGCGCUGGAUGCACACUUUUCCUGUGGGUCCAUCAGGAGAAGCUAUCCAGAUCCAUCAUCAAACCCGUCAGAAUAUGGCGGAAAUGCAGGGCAAUGGGCAGCAGGAUUUGACACAUUCCUCUGCUGAGCUGCUGGAGCUGGCUUACCAUGAGGCAACUGGCAGACAUACCAGUUCUCGGCAUCCAGGUGACAGUGCCUCUUUCCUGAGCUUCAGCCAAACAGAAGAGUACUCUAAUGGUCUGGCUGGAAGCAAUGGUGCAGGGAUGAACCUCAAAACUCAGAAUAAGGAUUCCUUAGAAGAUGUUGUCUCUAACUCUCCAGAUCCAAUGCCAGGCUUCUGUUGUACAGUUGGAGUGGACUGGAAAUCUCUCACUACUCCGGCAUGUCUCCCUCUUACCACGGACUACUUCCCCGACCGUCAGAGUCUGCAGAAUGAUUACACUGAGGGUUGCUAUGAUCUCCUCCCAGAAGCUGACAUUGACAGGAGAGAUGAGGAAGGAGUGCAGAUGACGGCCCAACAGGUGUUUGAGGAGUUUAUUUGUCAGCGUCUCAUGCAAGGCUAUCAAAUUAUUGUGCAGUCCAAACCACAGAAACCAGCCACCACUGUGCCACCCCCGCUCAGCAGCAGUCCCCUUUACAGUCGAGGUCUUGUAUCAAGAAAUCGACCUGAGGAAGAAGAUCAGUACUGGCUGAGUAUGGGCCGUACUUUCCACAAAGUAACAUUAAAAGACAAAAUAAUUACUGUAACUCGAUACCUGCCAAAGUAUCCAUAUGAAUCUGCUCAGAUAAACUACACAUACAGCUUGUGCCCCUCACACUCUGACUCUGAAUUUGUCUCUUGCUGGGUAGAAUUUUCCCAUGAGAGACUAGAAGAGUACAAGUGGAAUUACUUGGAUCAGUAUAUCUGUUCUGCUGGUUCUGAGGACUUCAGCCUUAUUGAGUCACUGAAAUUUUGGAGGACCCGCUUUCUGCUUCUUCCUGCCUGCAUCAGUGCCACAAAGCGCAUUAUGGAAGGAGAAGUGCACUGCGAUGUGUAUGGUGAUAAGCCCCGUUCUGAUGAGGAGGAGUGGCAGCUCCUAGAUGGAUUCAUUCGUUUUGUGGAGGGUUUGAACCGCAUUCGUCGACGCCAUCGAUCUGAUCGAAUGAUUCGAAAGGGGUCUGCCAUGAAAGGCUUACAGAUUGCUGGUCCAAUUCCCACCCACUCUCUGGAGCAGUCUGGGCCUCCCAUUGGGAAGAAAGGAACCUCAGCACUCUCAGCUCUGUUGCAGAUGGAAGCCAGUCAGAAGACACUGGGGGAGCAGCAAGCAGCAGUGCUUUCUGGGAAGAGCUCUGGGCAGCCUUCAGAGAGUGGGAGCAUUGCUAUCACACCCACCUAUAUGGACAGCCCUCGUAAGGAUGGGGCCUUCUUUAUGGAUUUUGUUCGCAGCCCACGUGCAGCUUCAACCUUCUACUCCCAGGUCUCUAUAGAUCAGUCAGUUCCUGCAACCUCAGAUGGCAACACAUUGAUAAACACGGGGCAGUUAUCGGAUAGGGGCAACACGCAGCCCUUGGGAAGUUCCCAGAAUGUUGCAGACCAAGGAUAUACCACAGCUGGUGCUGCAGAGGGCAGCUCUCAGCAGUGUUCAGCAAGCACUCUGACUUCCUCCUCCACCUUGAUAGAGAUUCUCGAAGCCAUGAAACACCCCACCACAGGGAUCCAGCUGCUCUCUGAACAGAAGGGUCUCUCUCCGUACUGUUUCAUCAGCGCAGAAGUUGUGCACUGGCUGGUGAAUAAUGUGGAAGGUGUGCAAACCCAAGCCAUGGCGAUUGACAUAAUGCAGAAAAUGCUGGAAGAGCAGCUUAUUGUCCAUGCAUCUGGAGAAACUUUACGAACCUUUAUUUAUGGCUUUUAUUUUUACAAGAUUGUUGUGGACAAAGAACCAGACCGAGUGGGCAUGCAGCAGCCUGCUGUGUGGCACACAGCUGCUAUGGAUGACUUCUCCGCCUUCCAGAGGAAAUGGUUUGAGGUGGCGUUUGUGGCAGAAGAGCUCCUGCACUCGGAAAUCCCAGCGUUUUUCCUGCCCUGGCUGCCCAGCCGCCCAGCCUCCUAUGCAAGUAGGCACAGUUCCUUUAGCCGCAGUUUCGGAGGACGGAGCCAGGCAGCUGCACUAUUAGCUGCCACAGUGCCUGAGCAACGGACAGUGACGCUUGAUGUGGAUGUGAAUAACCGCACUGACCGUUUGGAGUGGUGCAGUUGUUAUUACCAUGGCAAUUUCUCCCUGAAUGCUGCCUUUGAAAUCAAGUUACACUGGAUGGCAGUGACUGCAGCUGUUCUUUUUGAGAUGGUUCAGGGUUGGCAUCGGAAAGCCACAUCCUGUGGUUUCUUGCUAGUUCCAGUCUUGGAAGGCCCAUUUGCGUUGCCUAGUUACUUAUAUGGAGACCCACUUCGAGCUCAGUUGUUCAUCCCACUCAAUGUUAGCUGCUUGUUGAAGGAGGGUAGUGAGCAUUUGUUUGAUGGCUUCGAACCAGAAACGUACUGGGACCGUAUGCAUCUCCUCCAGGAAGCAAUAGCAUACAGAUUUGGAUUUGUGCAAGAUAAAUACUCGGCCUCUGCAUUCAACUUCCCAGCUGAGAACAAGCCCCAGUAUAUCCAUGUCACAGGAACAGUGUUUUUGCAGCUACCAUAUUCCAAGCGGAAAUUUUCUUGUGGGCAGCAGCGACGCCGGCGCAACUCCACUAGCUCCACCAACCAGAACAUGUUUUGUGAAGAGCGCAUUGGCUACAACUGGGCCUACAACACCAUGCUGACGAAAACAUGGCGGUCCAGUGCCACUGGGGAUGAGAAGUUUGCUGAUCGGUUGCUGAAAGACUUUACAGACUUUUGCUGGAACAAAGAUAGCCGGCUUGUUUUGUUCUGGACUGAUUGUCUAGAUAAGAUGCAUGCUAGUGCUCCAUGAAAUAGGGUUGUAUCUCUUAGGGAGACAGCUAGAAGCUUUACCUUGUGGCAAGGAAGUAGAGUUGAAGUAUGACUGGAAAAGGGCCUCUCUGUUGGAUUCAUCUUGAGGCUUCAAGAGGACCUGAUCAAUGUUGCUGUUGAUAUUCAACAGAAUUUGAUUAAGCCUUUGGAAAAAGAAUCUGAGCUCUUGGCUUGCCAAUACCUAUCACCUGACCUCAGCUUGGUUUUAAGUAGCUGCAGUCCUUGAUUGCCAAAACUUCAGUUAGAGCAGAGGUAAAGGAGGGAGUGCGCAAAUGGCUUUCAAAGGCAGUUAGAUUCAGUGCAGAGUGUGAUGGGUAGCAGCUUACUGUCAUUGGAAAUGAUUGGUGCCAUUUGCAUCUAAUGUAUCUGACAGCAGCCUGCCUCUUUCCCUUUUGCGGUGUACCUGGUUAUGUGAAUAUGUAAGAUAAAAUGUGAGACACUUGUUAAAUUUCGUACAUGUAAGUAAGUAAAA